AUGCCACACGUGGACAUCCUCUAUGCCAAACUCCAGAAGAAGGACAUAGAUUCAAUCCACAUUAAGGGGAGCAUCCAGCAGUUCCAGCAGGACAUACAGAAGAUCAGAAAUUCUCUCCAUUCUCUGGUUAACCAAAGCAGUGAAGGAGCUUCUCAACCAAAGAGGCGGCGGUUGCUUAGUCCAGACGUCCAUGAACGGAUUGCAACAGAGGUCUGUGACACCAUACUCCAACACACCAUGGAACGGUUCUGCUUCACAAGCCACCUCGUUAGUGCCACCCUGCUGCAAGCAGACAGGUUUGAACAGUACACAGUGGCAUUUCCUGAAGAUGCACUGAGUAGGACUUUGAAGGCCAAUCCAGUGCUCAAUGGGAGUAAGCUAAAGACAGAGCUUAGUCUCAUCUACUGCAAGGAAGAGUUCAGAACCUGUUGUGGUGCUGUGGACCUACUGCAGCUGUUUAAGGAGAACAAUCUUGAAGAAGUCUUUUCAGAGACUGUCACUCUCCUAAAGAUUCUCAUCACCACACCCAUGACCACAGCAGAGGCUAAGAGGUGUUUCUCAACUUUGAAAAGAGUUAAGAAUUUUCUGAGAAAUAGCAUGACCCAGGAGAGGCUAAAUGCAUUGGCCAUGCUGUCAAUGGAGAAGAGAAUGGUGACUGAGAUAAUUGACUUUAACCAGAAGGUCAUUGAGAAAUUUGCAAGUCAGAAAGAAAGGAGAGCAAAAUGUAUUUUCAAAUAGUGUUAAUGGCCAAUGAUUAGGUAACUAUAGUGUGUUGUGUUUUUUUUUAAUGAUUACCUUGAUUACUUCAUUACUGAUAAUAAACCCACAUUCAAUUCAAAUUCACUGAUUCAUAGUACAUUUAUUUGCAUGUAUUAACAUUGACUGUAAUAAUGAUACAUCACCUGAUUAAUGGCUAUUUAUAGUCCUGCAUUACUGACAGUUGUUGUUUGCG